CCUCAAAACGGGCUCGCCUCAUUUUUUUUGCCUCCCCUUUCCCCGUUGACCGUUUUGUGUUGAAAGCUAUAUACAAAUACAUAUAUUAAAUAAAAUAAUAAAUAAGAGCCCUGGUGUGGUUUCGUAACGCGCUGCACCGGUAGCAGCGCGGAGGGAAAGACAUUUUUUCGAGGAUGCGGAUUUAACGGAAAGACGUUAUCUGUGUCACCUGGGAGAUACAACCGUUACAAUUCGAAUUAGCCUAGUCGCACGCGUCGGUCGGUCGCAGGACGGAAGGCAUCUUUAUGUGUGGUGAAAUAUCACCAACAUAGUCAUAAUACCGCCAGCCACGGCAACAGAAGACUAAAUAAAAGGGGUUGAAUGAGUGUUCCUUCAGCCCGGACACCAUGAGCACCAUCUCGCCGACGGACUUUGACAGCUUGGAGAUCCAGCAGCAGUACAAUGACAUCAACAACCGCUGGGACCUGGCAGCAGAGACUGACUGGGAUAAUGAGAACAGUUCAGCACGCCUCUUCGAGCGCUCACGCAUCAAGGCUCUUGCAGAUGAGCGUGAAGCUGUACAGAAGAAGACCUUCACCAAAUGGGUAAACUCUCACCUAGGCCGAGUGACCUGUCGCAUUGGUGACUUGUACACUGACCUGCGCGAUGGCCGCAUGCUUAUCCGCCUUCUGGAAGUGCUCUCAGGAGAACAGCUGCCAAAGCCCACUAAGGGCCGCAUGCGUAUCCACUGCCUGGAGAAUGUUGAUAAAGCCCUGCAGUUUCUCAAGGAGCAAAAAGUCCAUCUAGAAAAUAUGGGCUCACACGACAUUGUGGAUGGGAAUCACCGUCUCACCCUGGGUCUCAUCUGGACCAUCAUCCUUCGCUUCCAGAUCCAAGACAUCAGUGUGGAAACAGAGGACAACAAGGAGAAAAAAUCAGCUAAAGACGCCCUGCUGCUUUGGUGCCAAAUGAAAACUGCUGGAUACCCCAAUGUCAACAUCCACAACUUCACAACCAGCUGGAGAGAUGGUCUGGCGUUCAAUGCCAUUGUGCACAAACACAGGUCUGACCUUAUUGAGUUCGACAACUUGAAGAGGUCCAAUGCUCACUACAAUCUCCAGAAUGCAUUCAAUGUGGCUGAGAAAGAACUGGGGCUUACCAAGCUCUUGGACCCAGAAGAUGUUAAUGUUGAUCAGCCUGAUGAAAAGUCCAUCAUUACCUAUGUGGCGACCUACUACCAUUACUUCUCCAAGAUGAAGGCCCUGGCAGUGGAGGGCAAAAGAAUUGGCAAGGUGCUGGACUAUGCUAUUGAGGCAGAUCAGCUGAUAGAGAAGUAUGAGACCCUGGCCUCAGAGCUGCUGCAGUGGAUCGAGCAGACUAUAGUGACGCUCAAUGACCGCCAGCUAGCUAACUCACUGAGUGCUGUACAGAACCAGCUCCAGGCUUUCAACUCCUACCGAACUGUGGAGAAACCCCCCAAAUUUACAGAGAAAGGAAACUUGGAGGUUCUCCUCUUUACUAUCCAGAGCAAGAUGAGAGCAAACAAUCAAAAAGUCUACAUGCCAAGGGAGGGCAAACUCAUCUCUGACAUCAAUAAGGCAUGGGAGCGAUUGGAGAAGGCAGAGCACGAACGAGAGCUGGCACUGAGAAAUGAGUUGAUUCGCCAGGAGAAGCUGGAGAUGCUCGCUGCACGUUUUGACCGCAAAGCUGCUAUGCGGGAGACAUGGCUGAGUGAGAACCAGAGGCUGGUGUCUCAGGACAACUUCGGAACUGACUUGGGAGCAGUGGAAGCUGCCACCCGUAAACACGAGGCCAUUGAGACAGACAUUGGGGCAUAUUGGGAGCGUGUGGCUGCUGUGGAGGCUGUUGCCAAAGAGCUGGAAGCAGAGGGAUACCAUGAUGUGCGGCGUAUAAUUGCGCGAAGAGAUAAUGUGCUUCGACUCUGGGAAUACCUGAAAGAGCUCCUGGCUGCACGCAGAGAGCGGCUGAAUGCCCAUCGUGACCUGCAGAGACUGUUUCAGGAGAUGCGCUACAUUAUGGACUGGAUGGCAGACAUGAAGGGUCGUCUGCAGUCUCCGGACAGUGGCAAACAUUUGCAUGAUGUAUUGGACCUACUGCAGAAACACACUCUGGUAGAGGCUGACACUUCAGCUCAGGCAGAGAGGAUCAAGGCAGUGCAGGGAGCAGCACAACGCUUCACUUCCUAUGAACAGGCAUACAAACCGUGCGAGCCGGGACUAGUUAGUGAGAAGGUUGACCUGCUGGGCCAAGCCUACGAGGAGCUUGGGCAGCUCGCUGGGAAACGCAGAGAGCGCCUAGAGGACUCGCGCCGCCUGUGGCAGUUCCUGUGGGAUCUCGGCGAGGAGGCAGCCUGGAUUAGAGAGCAGGAGCAGAUCCUGGCAAGUGGAGACUGUGGCCGUGACCUAACUUCUGCCCUUCACCUUCUCAGCAAACAUGAGGCUUUCAGGGAUGAAAUGGCAGCCCGCUAUGGCCCCCUGAGCAACAGCAUUGCGGCCGGAGAAACUUUGAUUAAGGAGGGUCACUUUGGAGCCCCAGAGGUUACGGAGAGGAUUGAAGACAUCCGUGCACAGUGGGCACAUCUGGAAGAGACAACUAAGCUUAGAGAGCAGAGUCUUAAGGAAGCAGUCGCCCUGCACCAAUUUCAAACAGAUGCCAAUGACAUGGAGGCAUGGAUCAUGGAGACACUUAGACAGGUGUCCAGUCAGGAGGUAGGCCAUGAUGAAUUCUCCACCCAAACUCUAGCUCGCAAGCAGAGGGAGAUAGAAGAGGAGAUCCAGAGCCACCACCCCCUCAUCGACUCCCUGCAUGAGCAGGUUCAAGCACUGCCACAGGCCUAUGUACAUUUCCCUGAGGUGGACGGUCGCCUACCUGCUAUUGAGCAACGCUAUGAAGAACUGGAGUCUCUGUCAGCAGCUCGGCGCCAGGCUCUGGAGGGUGCCCUGGCCCUCUACCGCAUGUUUAGUGAAGCUGGUGCUUGCCAGCUCUGGGUGGAGGAAAAGGAGCAGUGGUUACAUGGCAUGGAGAUCCCUACCAAACUGGAGGACUUAGAGGUUGUGCAGCAGAGAUUUGAAACACUGGAACCUGAGAUGAACAACCUAGGCACUCGUGUCACUGAUGUGAACCAGGUGGCCGAGCAGCUGCUUAGCUCUGACAACUGUAACAAAGACCAAAUCCACCAGACACGAGACCAACUGAACAACAGAUGGAAGGAGUUUGAACAACUGGCUGGUCAAAAGAAGCUAGGCCUAGAGUCGGCCCUUAACAUCCAGAACUACCACUUGGAGUGCAAUGAGAUCCAAAGUUGGAUGAAGGAAAAGACGAAAGUGAUUGAAUCCACUCAGAGUCUGGGCAAUGACCUGGCUGGAGUGAUGGCACUGCAACGCAAACUAACUGGCAUGGAGAGGGACCUGGAGGCCAUUCAGGGCAAAUUGGAUGACCUGAGAAAUGAGGCAGAAAAGCUGGCCCAGGAACAUCCAGAUCAGGCUGGAGAGAUCCAAGGACGCCUGGCAGAGAUUCAAGAGGUGUGGGAGGAGUUAAACGCCACCAUGAAGCGGCGUGAGGAGUCAUUGGGUGAAGCCAGCAAGCUGCAGGGCUUUCUUAGGGAUCUGGAUGAUUUCCAGUCCUGGCUGUCCCGCACCCAGACAGCCGUGGCCUCAGAGGACAUUCCGACCUCUCUGCCUGAGGCUGAGAGUUUGCUAGCCCAGCACGAGAGCAUAAAGAAUGAGGUGGAUAACUAUAAGGAGGACUAUGAGAAGAUGCGGGCAGUCGGUGAGGAGGUGACGCAAGGUCAGACAGAUGCUCAGUACAUGUUCUUGGCCCAGAGGCUCCAGGCACUGGACACCGGCUGGCAUGAGUUGCGUCGCAUGUGGGAGAACCGCCACAGUCUUUUGGCCCAAGCCUUCGACUUCCAGACUUUCUUGAGAGAUGCACAGCAGGCAGAGGCUUUCCUCAACAGCCAGGAGUACGUGCUGUCCCACACAGAGAUGCCAACCAGUCUUCAGGGAGCAGAGGAGGCCAUUAAGAAGCAUGAAGAUUUCCUCACCACCACAGAGGCCAGUGAGGAGAAGAUAAAUGGUGUGGUGGAGGCUGGACGGCGCCUCAUUAAUGACUGUAAUGCAAACUCUGAUAAGAUCCAGGAAAAAGUUGAUUCCAUCCAAGAAAGGCAUCUUAAGAAUAAAGAGGCUGCAAAUGAAUUGCUGGCAAAGCUUAAGGAUAACCGUGAACUUCAGCACUUCCUCCAAGACGGACAGGAGCUCACGUUGUGGAUCAAUGAGAAGAUGCUGACAGCACAGGACAUGUCUUAUGAUGAGGCCAGAAAUCUUCACAGCAAGUGGCAGAAACAUCAGGCCUUCAUGGCAGAACUGGCCUCCAACAAAGACUGGCUGGACAAAAUUGAUAAGGAGGGUCAAGCGCUGGUGGCAGAGAAGCCAGAGUUGAAACCUGUUGUUCAGCAGACCCUUGAAGACCUACAGCGUCAGUGGGAGGAGCUGGAGGGCACAACCCGCACCAAGGCACAGUGCUUGUUUGAUGCUAACCGGGCAGAACUCUUUACACAGAGCUGCUCCGCUCUGGAAGUUUGGCUGAAAAACCUUGAGAGUCAGCUGCAUAGCGACGACUAUGGCAAAGAUUUGACCAGUGUCAACAUCCUGCUCAAGAAGCACCAGAUGCUGGAGCACCAGAUGGAGGUCAGAGAGAAGGAGGUGCAGUCCCUCCAGUCUCAGGCUCUAGCCCUGUCCCAGGAGGAUGCUGGACUCGCUGAGGUAGAUGGUCAGCAAAGGCGUGUCACUGACAACUUCUCCGACCUUCAGGAGCCUCUCGAACUGAGGAGGCAGCAACUACUUGCCUCCAAAGAAGCACACCAGUUCAACAGAGAUCUGGAGGAUGAAAUUCUGUGGGUGAAAGAGAGAAUGCCCCUGGCGAGCUCCACAGACCAUGGAAAAGACCUGCCCACCGUACAACUGCUAAUCAAGAAGAACCAGACAUUGCAGAAGGAGAUCCAGGGCCACCAGCCUCGCAUCGAUGACAUUCAUAGACGAGGCCAGACCCAGAGUCAGGUAGAUGGUGAGAGACAGUCUGUCCUAGAGGGGCGCCUUGUUGAGCUGCGGGACCUCUGGGACCAGCUGAUUGCAGAGACAGACAAGCGCCAUGACCGUCUAAUAGAGGCAAAUCGCGCCCAGCAGUUCUAUGCUGAUGCAGCAGAGGCAGAAGCCUGGAUGGGAGAGCAAGAGCUGCACAUGAUGUCAGAGGAAAAAGCCAAGGAUGAGCAAAGCGCACUUGUAAUGGUCAAAAAGCACCAGACUCUGGAACAGGCACUUGAAGAUUACGCCCAAACCAUUCACCAGCUUGCUAACAGCAGUCGCCUCAUGGUCACCAGUGAACACCCAGAGAGUGAGAGAAUCACUUUACGGCAAGCCCAAGUUGACAAGCUGUAUGCAGGGUUGAAAGACCUGGCUGAAGAGCGCCGUGGGCGGCUUCAGGAGAGACUGCGGCUGACCCAGCUGAAGCGGGAGGUGGAUGAUCUGGAACAGUGGAUUGCUGAGAGGGAGGUGGUUGCUGGAUCCCAUGAACUAGGACAGGACUAUGAGCAUGUCACGAUGCUGAGGGACAAGUUCCGGGAGUUUGCUCGUGACACCAGCAACAUUGGCCAAGAGCGUGUAGAUGGUGUAAAUGGGCUGGCAGAUGACCUGAUUGAGUCAGGUCAUCCUGAGAAUGCCAGCGUGGCUGAGUGGAAGGACGGGUUAAACGAGGCCUGGGCUGACUUGCUGGAGCUGAUUGACACACGCACGCAAAUGUUGGCAGCCUCCUAUGAGUUGCACCGAUUCCACCAGGAUGCCAUGGAGGUGCUUGGACGUGUGAAGGAGAAGAGGGAGGGGCUGCCCUCCGACCUUGGCCGUGACCUGAACACUGUUCAGCAUCUACACAGACAGCACAAUACUUUUGAAAAUGACAUCCAGGCCCUCAGUGGACAGGUGAACCAGGUGCAGGAUGACGCAGCGCGGCUGCAGAAGGCCUAUGCUGGGGAGAAAGCUGAUGAUAUUCACAGGAGCGAACACGCUGUCACUACUGCCUGGGAGGGCCUGCUCGAGGCUGGUCAGGCACGCAGGCUCCUCCUGCUGGACACCGUGGAGAAGUUCCGCUUCUUCAACAUGGUGCGAGACCUCAUGCUCUGGAUGGAUGGUGUCAACCUGCAGAUUGAUGCACAUGACAGCCCCAGGGAUGUAUCUUCUGCUGGGUUGGUCAUUGCCAAUCAUCAGGACAUCAAGUCAGAGAUUGAGACCAGGGCAGACAGCUUUACUGCCUGUAUUGAGAUGGGAAACACUCUCAUCAACAAUAAUCACUAUGCAGCUGAUGAGAUCCGAGAGAAACUGGUUCAGCUCCAGGAAAAGAGAGACAAGAUCAACAAAAAGUGGCAAGACAAGAUGGACCAUUUACAAAUUGUGCUAGAAGUGUUGCAGUUUGGACGUGAUGCCUAUGUGGCAGAGUCUUGGUUGGCAGGGCAAGAACCUCUGGUGCGAGCAGCAGAGCUGGGUGCAAAUGUGGAUGAAGUAGAGAGCCUAAUUAAGCGCCAUGAGGCCUUUGAGAAACUUGCUGCAGCCUGGGAAGACCGCUUUGUGCUGCUGGAGAAACUCACUACACUUGAGGAGCAGGAGAUCCAGAGGAGGCGAGAGGAAGAGGAGAGAGCACGGCGACCCCCUACACCGCCCCCAGCAGAAGAAGUGGCACAGUCUGAGACAGAAAGCCAUGCACAUGAUUCUGCAGCCAGAACCAGUCUGGACCAGACCACACUCAAUCAGUCGGUAUCAGUGAAUGGAGUACACAGCGACAAUGACACAUCGCAGCAGUCAUUAUCGCUAUCGUUGUCACUGGGAAAGAAAUCAGAGCCUAAACGUGUGUGUAAGCCAAAGCAGCCGGAGCGUGGCUCAGAGUCUGAGUCGGUGAACGGGCCAGGUCGGGACAGCGGGUUGGCAUCUUCUCGGCUUGAUCCUUCUGCCACGUUACCGAGCAGGGGUGGAGCAGAGUCUGAGCCAGAAACUAUGGAGGGGAUGCUCUGUCGAAAACAGGAGAUGGAGUCCCACAGCAAAAAGGCAGCUACCAGGUCAUGGCAGAACGUAUACUGUGUCUUAAGAAAAGGAAGUCUCGGUUUCUAUAAAGAUGGCAAGAGCGCUAGCAACGGCAUUCCAUACCACGGAGAGGUACCAAUCAGCCUUGGAGAGGCUGUGUGCGAGGUAGCCAAUGACUACAAGAAGAGGAAAUUUGUAUUCAAGCUCAGGCUAGGGGAUGGAAAAGAGUACCUGUUCCAAGCAAAGGAUGAGGCGGAAAUGAGCUCCUGGAUUCGUUCCAUCAUCAGCUCCAUUCCAACAGGAUCAGGAGACUCGCCCGGAGGUCCGCGGGCGCUCAGCCGUGCCAUGACGAUGCCUCCCAUCUCCCCCAGCUCAGGUGAUGCCGGAGGUGUUACCAUGCGCAACAAGGAUGGGAAAGAGAAGGAUCGUGAGAAGAGGUUCAGCUUCUUUGGCAAGAAAAAAUAGAACACUUGUAAAAUCAUCGAUGGAAGCUACAUUUGUCAAAAUUUCAAUAAACUGAAGCAGGCAGAAAGGAAAGUACAAACAGGUCACACAAACACACUGCUCUCAGUGCAAGCCCCAAGGAAUUUGUCGACAGCUACUGUACGUAGCUUACAGAGAACUUUGUUUUCUUUUCUUUCUCUCUGAUUCUCUCCCUCGCUUUUAUCUGUCACUGACUUUUUGGUUCACCCAGUCCAUAUUUCGCAUUUGGCUGCACACAACAAAGAAAGCCCUCAUCCAAUUUCAGGUAAUUUUAGCCAACCAGCAGAGCUUACUUGUCUGAGUCAGUAGCAGGUGUGGUUGGCAUUAGCAGGGAUCCAGGCCUCGUUCAGGUCCAGUCCACCAAAACGGCUCUCCUUCAGCAUGAAUAUUUUCUCUUCGGUGAGUCUUUCCUUGCUGAGCCGUUUUGAUGCUGCGCCACUAACAAAACGAUGGAUGGAGGCUUUCCGCUGUGGUGCACUCUGGUUUUAUUUCCCCACCUUCAAGCGCUCUCUUCUUUGGGAAGGAUCACAUCAGUCUCUUUUUCUGUUCUUGGUAUUGAUGUUAUUAACCUGACCGAUAUUAUUGCUGUUAUUAUUAUUAUUUAUCUUUUGCUAUUGCUGGUUUGAUAAAACAAACUAAUUAAUUUGACAGUAGAUAAUCUUGAUUCAUGUUGUGGAGAGAAACAAAUUUGGUUAAACUAGUGCAGAAUAGUGGAGAAUGUUGGGCUUGCCCUUUGUAUGUAUUGUUUUUUUUGUUUUAUUUUUUAGGAAUGACAUGAUGAGGUGUUUUGAGAAAAAAAUAAAGCUCAUUAAAUUUUAGCAGUGUGCAGUAAGUGAUCACAAGUUUCAUUGGGAAAAUGAUAUAUAUAUAUAUUUAAUAAGUGGUUUUAUUUUUUAUUUUAUCUCUAAUUUUGCCUGUAUUUGAUUAUUCCUUUUGAGUGAUCUUUUCUGCUUAAUUUUCGACUUUCUUUUUUUUCUGUACAAAGCAGAGAAGAUUAGUUUUCUAGUGUGUGCGUGUGUGCGUGCGUGUGUGCGUGCGUUGUGGUGCUGUGGAUUUUGCACGUUUAUGUUAUUCCUGAUCAAACGUGGCCAGAUGAAUGCUGCUUUUCAGUCCGCAAAGGUAGACGAAAACCAGACACAAACACAAAAUAAUCUUAACUGGAAUGAUUUAAUAAAAUUAGCUUUUCUUUGCUUUGAUUUUUAUUACACGUAAGCUGACAUUACCAAUGAAGUUCCUCAAGGUGGUUAUUCCUGUUUUAGUCUUCUAAUAUCUAUUUCCGUUCUCUCUACUGGUGUGAAGGCAUGGGGGCAGUUUGUAGAUAAAAAGCUGAAGCACAUUUUCUGUGGCAGACCGCAGGGACGCAAGCAGGACAGAUGGACAGCUGACAGGUCUCAUUACAGGUGAAGUGAGGGGUGUGGAAGUGAGAUUGGAUAGGCAGUGAAGAAUGCGUUUUACCUGACAGAGAGAGGUGUACUGAGCCUUACUUGAACCGACUACAGAUACACUGAACCCCUUUUUACAAACCCACCCUCCAUUCGAACAGUCUUAAAGGAAGCUUUCUUAGUACGAAGAUACGUGUUAAAAAUGUGCCCUGUGGCAAUGAUCUAAUGUAUGUCAGUGGAUUAUAAAUGAACAGUAACCAUUGGAAAGCUUUGCUCACUAGCGGUGGCAGAGAGGGAAAAGUCCUAAAUUGUCUCUUAGAUGAGUGUUGUGCUCUCGCAUAUUUGUUAUAACUUCAUGUAGGUUUAUACUUGUAUGUGUCUCAUCAUUGCCAUCUACUCUCUACUGUGUUGAUGUACUCUGAAAACAUGAAAUCACUUCAUGUUCAGGGUUAAAUAAAUGAUCUGUAAUUGGCAUUUACAAUAAUGUAAAACAAGCUAAUCCAGUAUAGUUAAUAUAAAGAAAACUGAUAGAGAUUUAUUAGUUUCCUCAGAUUAAAUGAAAAGGGAAUUUAUAAUAUAUUGUGAGACUGUAGGCAGUAGUGCAACUUUAAUAUCUCGAGACCAUUGGAUAGGUCGUUAACUGUUAUUAUAGUCACUUAAGUGUUGAUUUGCCUUUUCUAACUGCCAAAAUUCAACAGGAAGUUACUGGAUAACAAUUCUGAAUUUAAGAGUUUUAUUGAUUUUCUUACAAGUAGGUUGCAAGUAAUCAAUCAAAGGGAGUCUUUUAAAGCUGGUAAUUGCCUGGAUGUGUAUACCAUGCCUGGGAAGGCUGAUUAGUCCACAAGAAUGUCGCACCAAACUGUUGUGAUAACAAAAACAGCUGGAAGUGAAUUUGUAUUUGGAUGUUAGUUUAAACAGGUUGGCCUUAUUUUCCUAUCUCAAAUGAAUGUGUUACCGGUGGUUUAUCACGCAAAUCAAAGACCCUCCAAGUCAGAGAAGAGAAAUAUCUCAAAACACCCUUUGAGACUAUUGAACUGGGUCCAGUUGACAGCAUCUGGUGCAAGCUUGAUCAAACUGACUGCCUUGUCUCUGUCAGUGGGACUUCGUAUCCCGGGUGUGUGACAGAGCGCCUAGUUUACGUAGCCUUAUACAAAGCUACGAUCUAGGAAGGUAAUAACAUCAUUGCAUACAUAAGUGAGCCAACGCAGUUAUUGUACAUUGUGCACAAUUUCGAAUGGAGGAGUCAUUCUUUCCCCGGUGGAUGAGCUGUUUUUAGUGACAAUGGCUACCUUUUCUCUGCUCUGUACAUCAGACACAGCAUCCAGUUGAUGAUAGGGAGUUCAAGUUUAAAGGUCACACAGUGUAUUUUCUUAUCAGCUCGUUUGAAUGUGAAUGAUUCAAAUUAGUUUGGCCAAAUUGGUCAUGUGAAGCAAAAAUUUUUCUCAUACUUGACAUAUUGUACAUGAGCGCUCUCUCUCUCUCUCUUUCACUCACACACACACACACACACACUCAUACACAUUAAUACUGUACUGUAUAUUUAAUGCAGAAUGACCCUGGCAAUCCAGUCUUGUGGGAAUGGUCCUCAGCUGGCUGUGAUUCGAUGUUGCAUAUGGCAUCUUUUCAAAAUAACAUUGUGCUACCGGUGAGCUUUGACCAGAACAUGGAAAGUAUGUAUUAUUGAUGUCAAAGAGAUGGGUUCUUUGGUUAGAAGAGUACUUAGAAGAAAAAAAAAAGAGUACUUAAUGAAGAAAAAAACAACAACUUUUACUUGUUAAGUAUUAGAUAUGAGUGAAAACAGACUGGUGACAAUUUGAGCUUCCUUUUUUAGAAGAAGGCAGGAUAUUUGCUGUCUAGUGGGAGCUUGUAUUUUUUCAUCCAGUGGUCUGUCUUGCAGCAUUUGAUAAGCCUGUCCACCUACCUUCAUUUCUCAUUACUUUUGACGAAUGUCUGUUCCUUCCUCUGUAAUUCAGAGUUGUUAAUACCACUACUAUUAUUAAUUGCUAUUAUUACAUUAUUGCUACUGUUGUUACUAUUACUACUACUGUUACUAAUGCAACUUAUUGCAAAAAUUAUAACUGCUGUCCAUUUUCAGGUACUUGUCUGUAAUACCAGACCCUUCCACACGAUGUCAGUGUGCUGUGGAGCAUUUUCAUUACAAAUCAAAAAUAAUGUUUGUUGACUUGUGUAUCUACAUCUAAUAUUAGGAAUAAUAAAACAUGGUUUAAUCAAAAA